UCCCCAGCCAUCUCGAAGACGGAGGUGUUUGAGCCAGAGUACAGGAUGCCCGCAUUUUCCAAAAGCGAGGAUUUUGAGGAAAACGGCUUCAGAAUGUCGGCCAUCUCCAAAAACGACGACGAUGAGGUGUCCGUGUCUGGGAUGAAGAUUAAUGGGUUCUCUGACGAAUACCUUGACCGGAUAGAACCCAACGGCAACAUCCCCGACAAGGACUGCGGCUGGGAGAGACUCGUGGACCACCGGGAGUCUCUAUCUCGCCAGCUCUCCGUCUCGUCUGACUCCAAGCUGCUCGACGAGGACCUCCGCAGCGAGCAGAAGGUUAUCAUGAGACCCAAGAAGCCGCCCAGACCCAAAUCAGAGGUGUACCUGUGCAAGGACACCAGGAAGUCCAAGAGGUUCUCCGCCUUCGGGGGUGACUCGCCUUUCGGGAGGACAGAAGCCUACAUGAAGUUGGACCAGCUGGGCGAGGGUUCCUACGCCACUGUGUACAAAGGCUACAGCAACCUGACGAACCAGGUGGUGGCGCUGAAGGAGAUCCGGUUACAAGAGGAGGAGGGCGCGCCUUUCACUGCCAUUCGGGAGGCGUCUCUCCUGAAGCAGCUCAAACACGCCAACAUCGUCACCCUCCACGACAUUAUCCACACGAGAGAGACACUCACCUUUGUCUUCGAGUAUGUGCACACAGAUUUGUCGCAGUACCUCGAGAAGCACGGCGGGGGGCUGCAUCCCAGGAACGUCAAGUUAUUGCUCUUCCAACUCUUGCGGGGCCUGUCCUACUGCCACCGCCGCCGCAUCCUGCACAGGGACAUCAAGCCGCAGAACCUCCUCAUCUCGGAGAUUGGCGAGCUAAAAAUUGCGGACUUCGGUCUGGCACGGGCCAAGUCAGUCCCUUCCCAUACCUACUCCCAUGAGGUAGUGACGCUGUGGUACCGGCCCCCAGACGUGCUCCUGGGCUCCACAGACUACUCCACCUCCCUGGACAUGUGGGGCGUGGGUUGUAUCUUCACUGAGAUGAUCACUGGUGUGCCAGCUUUUCCAGGAGUCAGAGACAUACAGGACCAGCUAGAUAAGAUAUUUAAGGUUGUUGGAACCCCAACGGAAGAGACGUGGACAGGGGUGACGCAGCUGCCUAACUACAAGCCCCACCGCUUGGUCCUGCACCGGCCCCGCAGGCUGGCCACCGUGUUCCCCAGACUCAACGACAUUCCCCACGCUGAGUCCCUCGCCAUGCAGUUCCUACAGAUACAACCCAACAAGAGAAUAUCCUCAGAGGCAGCCCUCAGACACACCUAUUUUGAUGAUCUUCCACAACAAAUAUAUGAGUUAGAUGCAGAUCAAUCAAUAUUCUCAGUGGGCGGCGUGAGGUUAGCGCAGGAGCUGAGGAACUACCCCACCUCCGUCAUACAGGCUGCCAGAGAGAUCCGAAAGUUGGUCUAGUUGCUGAUUAGUCCCUUACCAAAAUUUAGUUAUAGGAACAGCAUCAUGUACACCUUUACCUAAUCUACCAUAAUCUAAAGACCUAUUUUUGCAAGUUAAAGUGGUGACUGCACUCAAUACAUAUUUGCCUGUACAGAACUUUGUUUAGGGGAGAAUUCAAGAGAAUGAUAAAGUUCUAUAUAACUUUUAAUACAUAUUUAAAGAAUGCCACCAGAAAGGAGAGUAUUUUUAAUAGUCAUCAUCUUACCUCAAAGUCAGACUCAAUAUCCCAUGCACAUUUUGAAAUAUUUUCAUAUAUAUAUUUCCAGUGGUGAUGUUUUGUGUUGAUUUGACCACCAAGGUGAAGGUGUAACUGUAUGGCUGUUCUGUUUUAUAAAAGUAUUUGAGAUAAUAGCUUGAUUUAUAGGUUUGUAGUCAGAUAAUAUAUGUAUUUAGAGAAAUUCAAAGAAAUAAAGCACACAUGCUCGAAUUCUCUCAUGGAGUCUAUGAAUAAUUUUUUGGUAGUGCAAGAAAACAUUUUUGUAUUGGGAGAGGCAGCUGACACUGUAAUGAAUCUUAGCAAGGUUAACUGAAACUUAAAGUCCAGGUUUUUUUUUUUUUUUUUUUUUUUUUUUUUUCUUCUUUUUACCACCAAGUUACUGUGACAUAACAUUAUAAAUUCUGACACACAACCUUUGGAUCACACGUGCAGUCACCACCAGCACGUCAAACAGAACAAAAAUAAUUAUGAUUCAUAAAACAUUCCACAGAAAGUGAUGAGAUAAUGAGGGUGUAUAAUGAGUCAGUGAGAGUGUACCUACAAAUGAUGAAUACUGGUGCUAUUGGCCACAUGCCAGAAAGUAUUACACAAUCCUAUUGCCUAGGUUGACUACAUCCCUCAAACACUACUCAGAAAGGCAGACAGUCUUAACUUGGUAUAACACAGAGAGCUUUACCUUUAUGAACUCUUUUCAUUAAUUUGUAGCACAUGCCUUCAACAAUGAUGUGGCAGAGAAAUCCUCAUUAUCAGCAUUGAAGGGAUGUGCUACAAAGAAAUUACUGUUUUAUGAAGGAAAUACUCACUGCAUAAUACUGAUCAGUUCCCUGUCUGUCCAUGUGGCAGGUAGUAUUUUAUGGGUUAAAAUCAGCAUCACACAAUAUCCCAAUCAUUGAUAAAGAAAGUAGUCUCUUUUUCUGUACAACUUUUCAUUGAUAUAUUUUGACAUAGUAAACAUACAAUGAGGUGAAACAUUAAUUAGUUGUAGCCACAUAACUGAAACCAAUGUAUACUAUUUUCUUCUUUAUAACAGCAAACUUUUUAACAGUGGUAAGUAAAAAUUUUAAUAUAUGUUUAUUUUUUAUCGCUGUCAUGUUUUAAUGUGAUUUAUAUUCUGAUGUAUUAUUUAUCCAUGAUUUUAUUUUAUUUUUUUUUUAUUUAUUUAUUUUUUUUUUUUCUCCCUAUAGAGCUCUGGUAUUAAUUUCUAAGAAGUUACAUGAUAAAUCUUUUAUAUAAACUGCUCAGGUAAUGGUUGACCUUUCUUCUUCUUUUUUUUUUUUUUUUAUGUCAUAGACCUUCCUGUUUAUUUGAGGAUAACAACCAAAAUUACCACCUGCUUAAGACUCUAUUUUUUUGUUUUUAGCAUUCAGACAUCAUGUAUUCUUUAAGUUGUAUUUCUUCAUCUCUACAUUUAUAAUCCCCAGUGAACCUUAGCAGUGACCUAAUAAGAUUCACUAUAAUGGGCAAGUUGUCAUCUGUCACAGUGAUUGAGAACUAAAUUAUAGAGAAGAUGUAUGUUAGAUGUAGAUGUAGAAAUGUAGAUUUAAUGAUUUUUUUUUAAAUAGAAGUAGGAAUGUAGAUGUAAAUACAGUAAUAGUAUUAGAUUCAGAGUUUUAAAUGGCUGUCAUUUGUAGAUUUCAAUUUAAAGAACAAGUAUGAUAAAGUCUAUGUAGAUAAGACAGUGUUGGAAUGUGUGGAAACUUCACAACUCUAAGCCUUUUGGUAGUGUGUGGAGCUUUAAAGAGCAUUACUGUAUUGUAUAGAUUAUGUUUUUUACAUGAAAUAAGAGUUGCAAGAUAUCUAACAAAAUUUUAAUAAUGCUCAAAAAGCUAUUAUUGCUGUUACUGUUUUGGCCAUAUUCUUAUUUAUGUUUGACUCAUGAAGUUGUCACACACUCAUCUGUUAACAAAUCAACAGUAUAUUGCAAAACUAUGCAACAGCAAUGACUUCCAAUUUUUUUAUACAUUCAUUUCAGACAUAAGUUAAGUCUAUGGCCUGUAUGGAGCUUUUGUCUUUUUUUUUUUUUUUUUUUACCAUUAAUCAAGUGGCAUCAACACUCAGCAACACUAACUCACAACUGCAGCAUUUUUUUGGGAACAAGUAUGUGUUCAGGAAGCAUCACAAAAUUGUUCUGCUUACAAUACCACCACUGGGUCCAUAUUCUCAAGCAUUGUGGCAUCUUGUCUUCAUUCCAUUCAUCAAGCUCUAGUGGAAGUUAUUAGAAUUUUCAAAGGUAUUAUCAUGACUGGAGUGGAAAAAAGACACCUAUCAGAAUCUAACUAAUCAUUUCCAUGGCCUUUGAAGUCAGUCUUGAUGAGAGAGCAAGGUGUCUUCAAAUACGGACCUAAGUCUUCAUUAAUGCACUGCAUCUGUGUUCUGAUUCUACAGUGAAGUAAGUCUUCACACUUACAUGAUUUACAUAUUCAGCUGUUAUAUGGGUUCAAUUGUUACUAUUCACUUCCCUCUCAUGACCAGUAGUGAACUAUAAUGAUCCACAGUUUUGCUGAAGCACUAUGCAGUAUUUUCAAUAUGGUAAUUAAGAAAAUUUCUCUGAACACAUAUGCAUCUGUUCCUGAGCCAAAAAUGUUCACAGCUUCAUUUUGAUACAAAUGCAAGUGUGUUCCUUGAUAUGCACAGUAGCUCCACUUUUUUUGCACAUUUUUUGUGUACAAUACACUAAUUGCUAUCGAAACUGUGAUAAUGUAUUCAACACAACGUAUACUGGGAUAAAGUUAUUGAUGCACACGGCAUAAUACUCUAUUGUUCAUAGCCCUGUAAAUCUGUUCAAAGAUAUUAGAUAUUUAAACUUUUUUACUGACAUUCACAUUGGAAGUGGUCAAGAAGAGUCCCUGAGUCAGCCAGUACCUCCUGUGACAGGUUUGGGUGUGAAACACAUAAUGGGCUCAUCAUGCCAGGGCCAACAGACAGAGUGUGGAGAGUGUCACACAGACUGAGGGGUGAUUGGCGCAUGCCAGGGAAGCAGGUUAAGGUUAGGCCUGGAAGGUGCCACCCCCUGUGAGUCUGGUGUUGUUGUAAGUGUGUAUGUGGAUGAGUGGUGCAGGUGGCAAGUGUUGCCGUUGGCCUGGGCAUGAGGGUGCUGGACGCCUACACUCAACCACAUGCAGUCUGAUGCAUUCAGUAUUGGUUCUCCAUUCUUGGAAAUAUGAUGUAGUUGGAACUUUUGUAUGCAUGAAAUAUUUGUUUUAAGUGUUUAGGCAUCAUCAUACAGUUUUAAUCUUAUUUGUUAGAAUGUGUAUAGUAUCAUAUUGUCAUCAUACAAUCAAAAAGUGUGGCCAAGCAAAAAGUGUACCAUAUGGACCAGGGAGAGCAGGUACUGUACUACUGUCAUUUUAUAAGUUAGGCUUGGACUGAUAGUAUAAAACUUAAUACAUAUUGUGCCUCUUUCUGUAUGGCUUGUUCUUUCUUUUGUGUACUUUACUGCCAUCAUUGAGUGUGUCUGAAGACCACUGACUCUGAGUGUAGGUGUCAGCAAGACGUGUUGCUCAAGGGUGUGAGAGCCUCUGGUGCCUACCAACCCUCCUGGGGUGACUGUCUGCCCUGCUGCUGCUGCUGCCGUUGCUGCUGCCGCUGCCAGUGCUCGCUGCUAGUUCAUGCAGCUGCUCUUCAUGUAGUUUGUAAAAAAGUUAAAUCAUUGUAUAGUGUGUCUUUAAAACCUUGUUUUGAGAAUAAUUAUGUAAGCUGUAAUCUCACUUGAUGAACUUGAAGUGGCUGAUGUACCCAUUAAGUUCAUCACUUCAUUUUUCAUUAGCUCCUGACAUUGUAUUUUAUGCUGUAGCUUUUGGGCUUCAUUUGAUUGCUUGGUUUCUUUUUAUCAUCACUUUUCUGUGUUCACAAUGUUGUCAUUUCCUUCAUCUUAGCUAAACCAUUAAUUAUGAGUACCAUGGAGUACUGAUUUAAGUUGAAGUGAUGUUUUGGAUUGGUGACACAAUCCCCCAGACAGAGCAGACUGUGUAGAGUUGUUUAUACAUUGGUAGUGUGUUGUGGGGCCUUGACACUGACAUCCCUCAAGGUGGUUGAUCAAGAAAAUAAAUGCAGUGGUACUUUUAGCAUUGUUAACUGUUGUUCUUUAUUUUAUGAAGAGAAAGUUGGUAUUAUUAGGCAUCAUAAGAUAUCCACAAUCCCAGGGCUUGUAAAAAGUGGCUAUUCAUGCCAAUGGUAAGAAAUAAAGUAUGUCAGUUUGUAAUUCUUA